CAUGGGCACGCACACGAGACAGAUAAGUGUGUGUGUGUGUAGCAUACUUCGAAGGUCCACGUGGUCGUGCAUCACAGUAGUGGCAACAGUCUUCCCCCGAUCGUCGUUCAAGUGUGUAUGAACGUCGGUCGACAUCUACGCUGGCCGCCGCCGAGAGAAGAGUAGCCGAGAAAAACGCAAAACAAGAAAACAAGCCGGGACAAGUUCGCUUUCGUUCGUGGAUCCGCAUGAGUCUCGCUGACCGCAACGAGCAGCUCUGCUCUUCGCCGGUUGCAUCCUUGCUGCGGAAGCGCGGUUUGUCCGAUCCAUUAUUUCGGAGUAAAAACAGAAUGUGCUCCGAAAAGGCUCGCGAACACUUCGGGGAUCGCUGAUCGCGAUUUACGCUGCGCGAUCGCGAUUUUUCGUGCGAUUUAUAUAUUAGUCUAUCGAGAUCGCAUAGAUCGAUGAGGACAAAUCAUUCAUAUAUACGCGCAGUGCUCGUUUAGUUUUUAUAGACACAUUACAUUUUUAUGUACUUAUAGACGUGUGCGGAGAUAAGGUGACUAAUUGCUUCGAAGCCGUUCUCAGCUCUGUCCUCAGCAAAAAAAUGAGGAUCGAUCAGCUUGGACUUCUUCUUUGGAAGAAUUAUAUCGUUCGGAAGCGACAACCAGGAAUUUUAGCCUUGAUAUUUCUCUGGCCAGUAGUGGUUUUCAUGAUUCUUUAUACGGUGCGUGAUAAUGUCGAUCCGGAAUAUUACCCGACAUGUCAAUUUCCCGCAAGGUCGAUGCCGCAGGAUGGGCUUCUGCCUUUCGUGCAGAAUUAUAUAUGUAGCGUUGGAAGUCCCUGUGAUCCGUUGUCGGAAUACGAGCAAGUGCCAUCGUACAAAAAUGCCACUUUAAGUCCCUUAAUCGUGGAAUUACAACCGAUGCUCAAUAAUAAGACUAUUAUCUCCGCCGUGGAAACAUUGCCGCAGAGUAUCCAAUUGUUGAAAUCAAUGGCAGAGAUUCUCACCAAGCCGGAAAUCAAGGCGCUUUUCGAUAAGGGAAUCCGUUUGGGCGACUUGUUCAACAAUCACGAGGAAAUUAAGAAUUUAUUAAAAUCUCAAAUGCCGGGGGCCAGAGAGGGUUUGAUCGACGGUUUAUUCGAAUCAUCCGUGAAAUUAAUAUACUUGAUCAAAACUUUCGGUUCAUCUGACAUCAACGGUGUCGUUUGCUCCGCGGAAAAUCUGAAGAAAUAUUUGAUUCUACCUAAAGAGGAGGACUUUGCAGAGAUUUCGAAUGUUCUCUGCAACAUCGACUCGAAAGCGAUCCCCGACAUUUUAGAGAAUCUUUCGAAGCAUCUGAACUUCACUGGCUUGCUGGCGAUGGUCGAUCGCGCAAUGGCGAAAUUUCGCGAUUACAAUUUUUUCCAGGAUUUGAAGCGAGCGAUAGAAACUAUCCUCGACCUGAAGAUUACUAAGAAAUACAUACCCGAGUACUUGAAACUACGUGAAUGGCUGCCGAAAGUAAUUUUGGUCUUCCAAAAUGUUACUUUCAAGGAAAUCGACCUGGAGUUUAUUAAUAAAGCCAUCGCGGUUUUGGAUCCUGUAUUUGCAUACGAACGUGAUUGGCCGGUCGCUCGAAGUGGAUUUCUGAAAUUAAACAGACUUCUAAAGAUGGUGAAAGAAGUUGUGAAGGACCGCAAGCCCAAUUCCACUGACGCUGAUGAUUUCUUCAGUGUGAUAGACCGCUUGGGAGGAACGAUAAAGACAUUCUCCUCGAAUUCAGAUAAUUAUGACAAUAUCACGCAGAUAUUAGAUUUGUCUUUCCUGAUCUUGCAGGAUGGUAUAAAACUUACCAAUAAAAUACUUGAUCGUCACGUGGAUGAUUUUGAAUUAGCUGCUAACAUUUUCGAUGGACUCAGAAAUUUCUUUUCCAAAAACUUAGUAAAUUCAGUGACAUAUUUUAUGUCGCUGAUAGAUAAUAUCGUCCAAAUGUCUCAUCAUGUCGCUAUUCUUCACGAGGAUACCUUGAGAAGAUUAUAUGAGAUUUCCAAAAAGCAUCAAAAUUUGGUCCAAAAAAUGCUGAUAAAUUUGGAGCCUAUUGUAUAUAAAAGGAUUAUUCAUUCCUUUUCACGAUUAGAUCUUGUAGAGCAUCUUGUAGAAGAUUCAAAAGAAAUAAAACCCCAGGAAGUAUUUUGUCGAAAAGACACAAUGAACGAGAUAUUCGAUAAUUACGUUGAUUUUAAGGAUAAAUCCAACGAAAUUGAUGAAUUAUUCUGCAGCGAUGACGGAAAAAAAUUGAUCACCGAUGUCUAUAACAGUUUCGAAUUUGACAAAUUUGGAAAUAUUGUGAGUAAAACUUUAUCGACCAUGGUUAGUAUGGCGUUCACGCGACCAGUCAGGAUCGAAAAUUCAAACUUAACGUCCGUUGUGACAAAUAUAAAAAAAUUUGUAACUUAUCUGGACACGCGGAAAGUAAGUUACUUGAAUUGGACCAUUUUUCAAACAAGUGACGAAUGGGUAAAAAUUUUCAAAGAGGCGCAACCUCAAGCAAGAUUGGAUAUAUUGGGAAUUCAUCUAAGCAUAGCGAAAAUGCUGGGUUCCAAUAGUUUAUCCUACAUGUCAAUCAAACCGGAUUUGGAAAAUAUGGACUUUUUAGCUGGAAUGAUUCUGGAAGAUCUACGAACUAAUCCUACUAGCUGGAUCGAGAAGGUACGCCAUCAUCAAGCGGAGUUGAUCGAAUCGUUUUAUCUUACCGUCACGGAUAAAGAAAAGACAUUACAGAUCUUGGAAUAUUCGAAUUUCACGAGAACGUAUUGCACGGAUCCGAACCCGCCGGUUUUGUUAAAUUUUCCUAAGGAAUCGAACAGCACGAUUCUGAAGGAGCUGGUGUGCUAUCUAUCCAAAUCGGUGCAAACAGAUCUGGAAUUGAACGUGACCAACAUCGAAAUCGAGGAAGCCACAUAUAAGCAGAAGGAAUUUAAUUGGACCGCCUUCAACGAGAAGACAAUCGAGAUUUACCAGUAUAUCGAUACCCUGGUUCAACAGAAAGGUCAACAUUAUGAUUUGAAGAAACUAGAAAAAUUGAAACAGAAUUUCAAAACUUCAUGGACGACGGAGGUAACAGCAAAAGAUGCAUGGGAGAUCAGCGUAGGUUUAAUCUGCAAGCUCUUUAACGUAAUGGAGAGUCCAGUGUUUGGAAUUCAAACCAAAGAAAAUUGGAAGAUUAUCUACGGGCUCGCGUGGGCGACCUCAGUGAUUUUCGACAACAUCGAGAAAAUCGUCGAUCAGAUCCAGAAUAACAAUCACGUAGCGAAGAUUUCCGAUGUUUUGCAGGAAAUGCCCCAAACCGAGACACUUGUCGGUUCGUUCUUGAGAAAUUUAUCCCCGAUCAUCCUUGAUAUAGUUGAUAUGAUAACUUUGAAACCAGUUGCUCUAAUAUCGGUUAUUGAUGAUUAUAAAGAACGUGAGCGAAUGUGGCCUUGCAUCGUAAACGAUAGUGUUGGCGUUGCGUUAGAAUUGAGGAAUGGAAGUCGGGAAGUUGUACGAGAGAUUGAAAAAAUCGGCUGUAGCCCAGCUCUCCUUAUUAAAGAAUGGAAAGAACAACCAGUAUUAAUGAGAGUCCGGAAAAUUUUCGAGCAUGAUGAAAAUGUAGAUUUACCGGCAUUCAAUUGGACUCUGGGCUACACAAAAUUUCGACGAUUGAUUACAAAACUUGAUGAUUUGGUAAACAAUGCUAAAGAUGUCGUUUUGGCGGAAGAACCGAAAUUGGCCAAGUACCUAAAUACACUCGCGGAAGAAGCGGACAGUAUUAUCGAAGAAAGAUUGCCAAGCAUGAAAAGUGAUUGGAGGAAUACCUUGGAUCAUAUCGACCUUGAGAUCGACAAGGCGAUCAAACCUUUUGGUAGUGAGCUUUCUGCAAGUGAAAUUUGGAAGCCAUCAGUUGACGCUACUGAUCGUAUUCUUAUUUCUUUAAAAUAUCUUUCCAAUGUCGUUCACAAAGGUUCACAUAUCGUGACGAACAUAUUGAAUAAUGCUGUAGGAAAAAUCAGCUUAUUAUCCUUGCUAGGAUUUGAUAAUACCUCGCCUAUUAGCAUUUUUCACGAUCAGCUACCUUACAUUCUGUCGACGUUAAUAAAUGGAAUAUCCGAUCCCGUAAUCGACGAUCAAAUUGUUACGGCGCUGAAAAAUAACACUGCAAUCACGUGCACGAUGAUGUUUGAUUGGUUGUCGGACAUUAGAAUCGGUCUGAGCGCCGAGGAUUACAGAAUCUUGAAAAAUUUCACUUGCGAUCUCGAUCCUGAAAACUUCAACGUCUUCACGGAUUUUUAUAUGGCGGAAACGACGAUCUGGAAGAAACCUGUUAGCAAGUAUCGAUCUUACGUAGCUUCAAUGAUCGGCGAUUUGUAUGAUCUUGCGAAAGGCAUCAGUUCCACACUGAAAAACAAAAUAGUCAUCGAGCCGCCCUUCUCGAAGAAAUACUUGAGCCAUAUGUUGCAGACAUUGAGAGAGACACUGGAGAUCAGACAUGAAGAGAGCACUUUUCAUAAGCAAUUGAAUCUAGAUGAAGGAUGGUCGAAUUAUAGAUUAUUGAUAGAGGGACUAUCGGAGGUUUUGAUACACAUUGGCAACGCUUUGAAGAAAGCUGAGAUACAUAAUUUCAAUUUAGAAAUUUGGGAACUGGCGGAGAAUGGCGAUACGCGUCAAAUGUUAAAGAUUCUAGAGGAUUAUCCUGAAGAGACUAUCGCCCUAAUAGCUAGUCUUAGCACGCUAAAUUAUACGACCGGUCAAUUUAUGCCCUUUAAAGAUAUUAGGAGGACUAUGUGUACUCUCCACUUUAAUUCUAAUUACUGGUCUACGCCGAAUAGAACGCGUUUUCUACAGAAAGUGUGUUCGUUCGAUCCUUAUCAGCUAUUGAAGACCGCCACGAGUGACGAAUAUCACGAUAUUGUUACUGGUCGGACAACCACCUUUACGAGAUCAACGUCAUUGACCAUGUCAUUAAUCAAAUUGUUAGACGAUGUUUCGAAUUUCACCGCCGCGUUGCCAGGAGUGAGUCUCAAAUCAAACAUCUUCAAUGUGACGACGUGGCAGAAUCUGUCCAACGAAACUUGGACCUUAAUAAUCAAAUCCGAGAAGUCCUGGAUCCACAACAACCAAAAUUCUUCAUGGUACAGAUUCAACGUGACGUCGAGCUAUCUUGUCGAUUCCAGCGGACUGCUUCAAUUACUGGAAUCCGUGAUCGAUCUCGCGUCAGGCGGUGAUAUCUGGCAGAAACUUCGCGUUAUACACGAGACAUCGAAGCUCAAGCCUCUGUUAACUCUUGUAGAGGACAUGCCUAAUCUCUUAAUCACUGCCGUCGACACCUUCGUCUCGUCCGAAAGGCUGGACGAUUUCAUGCACAAGCUCUUCCUCGGCCAAGUGCAUCCCUGCAACAUUGAUCGAUACUUGAUUCCUCCUAGCUAUAUGAGGAAGAAGAGUUUACUCUCGAGCAUUGCGAAUUUCUGUCAGGAGAUCGUUAUGAACGAUAAGCAUUUGAUAUGGAAAGAUCAAUUGCCUUUUGAGGGAAAGUACAAUGAUAGCUACGUCACGUCCGAUAUGUCUGAAACGGCAAACGAAAUGCGGUUAUUGCAAAGUGUGCAGGGAUUUCAAACCACUUUAAUUCGCGUUUUAUCAGAGGGCUUCGAGCAACUAAAAAUUCCUAUUUGGUGGACUUCGUUCGAACAGGGCACUUUAAAAGAUUUUAACGCGGAAUAUAAGAAAAAGGAUACGAGGGUUCUCGCAGAUUCGAUGGUGAAAAAGUCAAUAAAGAUAUUGAAAAAUUUUCUAGAAACUCAAAUUGAUGCUAAAAAUUGUACGUGGUGCUUCACGCUUCCAAUAGAGAUUUUAAAUUCUCAGUUGGCGUACCACGCUCUCUAUUCAAAACUAUUCUGUCAAAUGAAUCGACUAAAUAUAUCGGAGGUUCACAACAUUUUAAUCAAUGAUUUCAAUUGGAAUAAAACGGGUAACAUGAUCAAGGAUUACAAAUUUUUGAAUAAGAAAAAGACGCUAGAUGAGUUUUUAACUACGUUUGAAACUACUUUACAUUACGUCGCCGAUAUCAUAAUCGAAUUCCAAAAUGAGACAUACCAUGACAGAGUAACCGAGUGCUUUUACAAGUUCGUCGGCGGUCCUACGUAUUCUCGACCAGGAUUAUACAUCUCGCUUCUUUUGAGCGUACUGGACAUGUUGCAAAAGAACGUUUACAUUUUGGACUCGGCGACCAUCCACGAGAAUAUCAACCAUUUGACCAGACUAGCCGAGAAAUACGUACCAAUCUGGCAACCGUUACGCGAUGUCGUGAAGAAGUCUGAUCUCGCUGAUAUCGACGCUGCGUUACCGAACGCCACUAUCAACGUGAACGCGAUACUGAGCGAUCUGAACACGACCUUGUGUCGGACAAAAAUCGACUGCCAGAAUGCAACGAUUUUAUACAAUUUUCUGAGUUCAAAAAGAGCUGGCAAGGUUUUCCGAUACGAUCCGAGGGCGUCCAACUAUCCGUCGAUAUCCGAUAUUUCAAAUCAGUUGGCUCGCAGUCUGGACGUAGACUUCAUAAAUCGGCAGCAGGCCUUCUGGCGCUCCCAGGCCGCCUGGGAUCUCAUCUGGCUCAAGGAGAUCUUGGGUCAUCUAUCCUCGAUCCUCGGAGAAAGCGGGAAUUUGCUGGACGUUGCUAGUAAAAUAGAUUUCGAAGACGUCUCCAACAUACUCGGGAUCCCCGAUCUCGCCGAUGGCAUAGUCAAUAUAUUGAACGAUAAAACGGUCGACAAACUAUUUGAUGGAAUGAAAGAACUCCUCGAGGACGUAACGCCAUUUAUAAACGAUCAGGAAAUAACCGACGAUCUACAUAGCAUGAUCACGGCAUUGGAGUCAAUGGAAAUUUUCAAAAAUUUAGGACUGCUCGAUAUGAAAUAUAUCGUCAAAGAAAUGUUCGACAAUUGGGACUUUGUGAGAACAUUUUUGAUCGAUAGAAUCGGCAUAACUAACGAAAUCGCACUCACCUUAAGUCAGGCCAAGAUAGACAUGAUCUCGAUCUUCAUGAAAGAACGCGGCGUCAUUAGUCUGAAAGAUACCGUUUGUUCACCCGAGAAACUUGGCGAUAUGUUGCACUUCAAUAAUAAUCUCGUAACUGCCGAUGAAGUUAGCUCCGCGCUUUGCCAAUUGGAGGACUCGCAAACGCAAAAUAUUGCUAUCACGUUGAUGAAGAAUUUAAAUUUCGAUUAUAUUUUCAAAAACUUAAUGAGCGCUAAUGUAAAAAAUAUAUUGGCUAAUGCUAAUCUAACCGAAACUGAAGGGAAAGUUAUAUUGGAUAAUCUCGGCGUUGCUGCGGAACUAUUUCCAUUUUUCAAAGACAAGUUAUCGGCAAGUUUUUCCUUCGGAAAUGAUACAGAAGAAAGUAAUACGGAAGAGACGGAAGACACGCUAUCUAAUUCGCAAUUCCUGAAGGAUGCUAGCGAAAUGCUCUGUGGCAAAAUAAUGAUACAAGACAAUAGACAGAUUUAUAAAAUUAUCUCUAAUUUAGAAGACACCAAUAAGGCAUACGAUAAAAAAGAACUCGAUUCUCUGCCAAAUGAUUUCUGCAGAGAGACAUAUAAAACCGUGCUCGGUAUGCCUGGCGGAAAGAUUGUCUGGUCAUACGUUAAGCCUCUGUUACGCGGUCAGAUUCUUUAUGCGCCCGAUACUAUCGCAAUCUCCGAAGUUAUGACGUUGGCGAACGAAACUUUCGUGCAGAUGGAACACUUUAGCGUACUGAUGAAUAGUUUAGAGAAGACUCUCAAGUCUCUGGCUAGUCUCUCAGAGAUGGGCGAUACUUUGAAAGACUUACAAAGUAUAAUGUCCUCUGAUGUCAUGAAAGUUGCUGUCAAAUCGAUGGGUGGUGGUAAUUUUGAAGGUGAUUUUUCUGAGCUCGAUCUCAGCGAGAUUUCGUGGCGGCUGAAAAAAUCAAAAAAAUUAAUUUCGAUGAUUGGCUCGUUGAACGAUAUGAUGGGAUGCGUGCUGGUAAACAGAACGAUAGGAUUUUCUUCGGAAGAGGAACUGGAAGCAGCAGCCAGUCGCUUGACCGACACAAACGAGUUUCUCGCCGGAGUGAUCUUUCUGGAAACUACCUCACAUCGUGCAAAGAAAUCUCUAAAUUACGAAUUACCGGACAAUAUCACUUAUAAAAUUCGCAUGGAUGUAGACUACGUGCCAUCCACUAAACGAUUAAAGAAUCAAUUUUGGAUUCCUGGACCUGAGAGCAGCUUUCUCGAACAUCUCAGGUAUCUUCGCGGUUUUAUUCAACUCCAGGACUCCAUCGAUCGUGCGAUCGUGAAGGUGAAGGCUCAAAGGGAUCUCAAUUGGAAGACACUCACGCAACAAAUGCCAUAUCCGUGUUGGAAAUACGUACCAUUUCAAACAACGCUUUAUGAGUCUCAAGGUAUGCAGGUAUGCUUUUUCUUCGCAUUAAUGAUGUGUGUCGGAUCGGCCGUCAGAUAUAUUGUUUGGGAAAGAGAAUCGCAAAAUUCCAUGGUAAUGAGUGUAAUGGGAUUGAAGCCGUGGCGAAAUACUCUGGCUUGGUUCAUAACGUCUUUCGUAGAGCUGUCGAUCGUAAUGAUCUCCAUUGCUCUAAUUUUACUCGCUGGAAAAAUCCUUCCACGAUCGGAUCCUCUCUUAAUACUUAUUUUACUUUUUGAUUACAUCUUUUCGAUUGUUACCUUUUGCUACAUGAUCUCGACAAUGUUCAGUUCUGCUAGUCUUGCCGCAGUUACCACGGUUGUCAUGUUCCUAUUAACUUAUAUGCCGUAUGUCAUCGUUAUCGCCAUGGAAGCUGUAUUUGGACUUGGAUAUAAACUCUUAAUCUGUUUGAGCAUGUCCACUAGUUUCUGCUACGGAUGUUUGUACGCUGUACGAAAGGAAGUUCAAGGCGUCGGUCUUACUUGGGCACACAUGUGGGAAGAAUCGAGUCCUGGUGAUCCGAUGUCUUUGGGAUUAGUGUUGCUAAUGAUCGCGUUUGAUGGUUGUCUAUACGCCAUGACUGGCUAUCUCAUUGCUAGAUAUAGUAAUUCAGGCAAGGGCUUUCACGGUUUGAGGUGCCGUAGCUUAUGGUGGUCCGGCACACGGUCUCUUUAUGGCAGGCCGAGCUACCUCACCUUCGUCAACAACCUCUAUUUCACUAACGACGUUCUCCAUCCUUCAGCCGCUUACCAAGAUGACGAGAGCGAUAUCAGCAGCUUGACCGUCUCAGAGAAACAAAUCGGUGUAAAAUUCGAGUGUGUCAGAAAAGUUUAUCACACCGAGCAAGGCAAUGUUGUGGCCGUGGAGGACUUUACUUUAAAUCUCUGCGAGGGUGAAGUGACAAGUCUACUUGGCAGAAAUGGCGCAGGAAAGACGACUAUUAUCAAAAUGCUAACAGGUAUGGUGCCUCCGACCAGUGGCGAGAUUCGUUUGAAUGGUGAGGAGGAUUGCAAGCCUGAUAUAGGAGUGUGUCCUCAAGAUAAUGUGCUCAUUGGAACUCUGACGCCGAGAGAGCAUAUGAUUUUUUACUGGAAACUUAAAAAAUCUGGCAGUAAUAACAUUGAAAUGGAGAAAAACGUUAACGAAAUGCUAGCUUCGUUGGAGCUCGGGCGGCAAGAACACGAGCCCGUGUCACGUUUAUCAGGUGGCACACGACGUCGGCUCUGCGUAGCUCUGGCCUUCCUUGGUUCGCCACGAUUAGUGAUUCUGGACGAGCCUGGGGCCGGUGUGGAUCCCGCGGCUAGACGACGGAUCUGGCGAUUGAUCGACCAACACAGAAUCGGUAGGACCGUGCUCCUCUCGACACAUCAUCUGGACGAGGCCGACAUGCUAAGCGACACUGUCGUGGUGAUGCACAAAGGGAAGAUCUUGUGCACCGGUUCGCCACUGUCCUUGAAAAUGACGUACGGCAGAGGAUACAGAUUAAACGUAUCCUUUCCGACCGAUCAUUACGCCAACGGAGAAGCGGGAAUAGGCGGGAUAGGAGAGACGAUCGACAAAAAGAACUUGAAGGCUCUUCACACAAUCAUCGAGGAAGUUAUACCAAACGCCACGAUAAAUGAAAUCUCAGAAUCGGAGGUCAUCGUUACGUUACCUUUUCAGGGAAAGAAUGGCAUAAAUAACGACAUCGCGCAAGCGGCGAAAUUGCUGGAAGACAAUCGUAAGCUCUUGGGAUUCUCGCACUUCUCAUUGGAGUGCGACACUUUGGAAAGAGUCUUCUUGGAUCUUUGCGCGCGUGCAGACAACAAAUCGAGCAUUAUCAAAGCGAAUGAAGAUAGCGUUGCCGUAAUAGAACACAUUGAAAUUCCCAUGUCGAAUGAUGAAAUCGAUUUAAGUUCUACGGAGAUAAUAAUGAAGCCCUCGCCGAUCCGACAAAUGAAGGCCAUGAUAAAGAAGAGACUAUGGCAUUUCGCGAGAGACUGGAGAGCACCGUUGGCAGCGCUCAUUUUACCGACUAUGUUCGUCGCAGUCGCUAUGGGAUUUUCUCUAAUACGGCCACCAUCUGAGGACGAAUCAGCUCUGGUUCUGACUCCCAAACUUUAUGACGCUCAUCCGACUUACUUUUACAAUAUUGAUGACAGUAACGAUCCGUUCCUACAACAUGUAUCAAUGCAGCUGCACGAUCGUUUCGGGGAUGACUACGCGGGCGCAUGGCAAACUUUACCCAACGAUACCGGAACCUGCGAAUGUUUGGAUGGUCAACAAUCCUGUCGGGGUGUUUCUAAAGCCGUCGAAGGUCUUCUUCAGACUUUACCUGGUAGACCUACUUUGGACUGGAUCGUUUCGACGCAUCAAGAAUAUAUAGAAAAACGAUACGGCGGUUGGUCUCUAUCACACGACAAAGAAGAUCCUCUUUUUGUCGUUUGGUACAAUAACAAGGGCCACCACUCGUUGCCGUCGUACCUGAACGCUCUCAAUGAGGCAAUCCUGCGAGCAUCCGGGGUGCAAGGACAUUUAACUACACUCAAUCAUCCCUUGAAGCUAUCGAGCGAUCAGCUGAAUCGAACUACUUUGUUGCAACAUGUGGCGGAUGUCGGUGUGGCGCUAGUACUUUUGAUAGCGUUCAGUUUAGUUGGAGCUCAGGGUGCGAAGGAGUUAGUGAGAGAACGAUUAUCCGAGGAGAAGAGAAUACUCUAUUUAGCUGGAGUUCAUCCUAUUACAUAUUGGACGACAGUUUUAAUUUGGGAUUUCAUAGUAUUUGGCUGUGCUAUUUGCUUGGCGGUAGCUGUUUUCGAAAUUUUCGGUUUAUCGGCUUAUGUUGCAAAAGAUAAUCUUCCCGGUGUCUGCCUUUUAUUAUUUUUAUUCGCAUGGGCGGCAAUACCGUUUUCGCAUCUGGCCGAGAAAGCGUUCGACGACUCGAGCCUGUCCAACAUGGUGCUUUUCUGCGUAAAUACUUUCAUAGGUGUGGCUUCUCUAGCGACAAUCUUAGUACUCGACAUUCUCGGUAAAACUAAAACAGCCGAAGACGUGAGAAAUACCCUGCAUUACAUCCUGAUGAUCUUCCCGCAAUAUACUCUCGGCGACGCGUUAGUCGAGAUAUCGAAGAACGAUAUCACCUCCGAAUUGCUGCAGAGAUUUCACAUGGACACUUACAAGUCACCGCUCGGCUGGGAUCUUCUCGGUCUCCAUUACGUUUUCCUGACUGUAAUCGGCGCGAUUCUGUUCGCGUUGAAUCUGGCGAUCGAAUGUCGCGUCUUGCCCGAUUUGAGAAAACAGAAGAUCGGUUACGAGGUCGUGCAAGAGGACGAUGAUGUUGCCAGGGAGAGACUGAGAGUCGAGGUCGGAAUGGUCGACGAUACCUUGAAGACCGUGAAGCUGAGGAAGGAAUAUAGGAGCGUAUACGGGACAAAUGUCGCGGUGCAAAAUUUAAGUUUUGGCGUACAAGCCGGAAAAUGCUUCGGCCUCCUGGGGGUGAAUGGGGCGGGAAAAAGCACGACGUUUAAAAUGCUGACAACGGAAAUCAUUCCUACGGCCGGGAAGAUUAUUCUUAGGGGAAGUGAGAUUGGCGCUGGACCUCUGUGCAACGGCGAGGUUGGCUACUGCCCUCAGAGCGAUGCUUUGGAUGGAUUCCUCACUCCCCAUCAGUGUCUGACAAUUCACGGUGAAGUUUGCGGACUGAAUAAUGUUCCUAAGGCUGUCGAGACAAUGCUGAAGAGGUUCGAUCUGCUCAAGUAUGCUCACCGAAGGGUCGAUGGUCUCAGCGGCGGUAACAAAAGGAAGCUGUGCGCCGCUAUAAGUGUCAUGGCACCUGUGGCAAUAGUUCUCAUGGACGAACCCACGAGCGGAAUGGAUCCUGCCACGAAGAAUCUCGUAGCAAAAGCGGUGAAACACGUGACGAAAAAUCAAGGAUGCGUUAUACUGACUUCGCAUAGUGUUGCCGAAUGCGAAAACCUUUGCACGAGAGUAGGAAUCCUCGCCAAAGCCGGUCUCAGGUGUAUAGGAACUCCGCAGCAUUUGAAACACAAAUUCGGCGAAGGAUAUGUUGUCUUCCUGAGAUUCGGCCAACCAGUCUCCGCUACGGAUCUUAGGAAAGCUAUCCUGAAAUAUCUGCCACAGGCGAUGAUCUCUUCUAGGCAGGCAACGGCUGCCCGACUUUUGCUACCACGGAGUCAAGACACGACACUCAGCAUGAGUUUCAGCAUGGUGAAGCUAUUGGUGGAGGAGCUUAAAGCCACGGACUACACACUCACACAAAGCUCGUUGGAUCAGGUUCUGGUAAAUUUCUCGGAGGAAUUGGACGACGAAGGCAUCGACGCGACUAUCUUCGGCCAAGGCAGUAGAAACAGCAUGCCCAACAUGUACUCCAGUAUGGAUACUAUACACAUGGAUACAUUUUGAAUGUGUCGUUUAAUUAGGUCUCAAACUCUCUAGAAAGCUCUCUAAAAGCUCUUGCUAGAUGUAGAUACACACGGAUUUAACUAAAGUUUUACGUUUCACUCUUCAUUCUUCUCUCCUGUUCGUCAGAUGCGCUUCAGCGGCGCGCAUUCUCGUGGCGAUUGCUGUGAUAGUUUGCCUUUACGUUCGACGCCACGACGAAACGCGCGAUUUAUACGAACUUUAUACAAGAAAACGUGCGCCUCGUGUUCGUCACGCGGUUCUCCCGAGACGAGGGAUUUAGAUAUUCAUUUACUUAUAAAACCUAGAUUUGAAUCGAGUUCCUAAAAUGGAUCUUUCUUAGAAAUUCAUGACAAAACAAUUUUACUCGAUUUCAUAUUGAAUAUGUAAAUAUUAUAUUUUUGCGGUAAUCUUGAUUUAGCAAUUAUUUUAGAAUUAUUAAUAUUUUUAGUAGAAUACACAAAAAAAUGUAUGUUUGUUUUUAGAAUUAUAAAAUUAAGAGACAUUUAAAUAGUUUUAGCAGACAAAAAUUUCUCGCUUACGAAUGCUUAUGAUAAGGAUCAAUGCGUGAUUAAUUUAAGGUGAUAUAUUUACUAUGCAGAUUUCAAAGCGAGAUAAGUAUCAGAUAAUUAGUGAGGGUGAUUAAACCAGGGAAUCGAAUUAACUGACAAAUUAUUGCGUAUUUUGUGUUAGCGACGUUUGUUUUAAAUCAAUGAAAAAUAUGGAUAAUUGUGUUAAUUAGAUUUAAGUGAUUUUAUAUCAGUAAUUAUAAUAAUAUCUCAUUAUUAUGAUUAUCUUUACGAUGCUUUUUAUAAGUACAAUACUGACAAACAUCGUUAAUGCAGUACAGAAUUUUACUAUUAAUACAUUACAAUCAAAAUAUUUUAUACAAUCGAUAUGCAAUUACACAUUGAUGAAUAUAUUACGACAAAAUGUACUCGAGAAAUAAUUGUACGUCAUAUUCACAAUUGAAAAGUUUAUUAAAUAAUUAAUAAAAUUUAUUAAAAUUCUGCUUAUACAUAA